CAGAAAAGUGACCGUUUUUGGUGGAGUCCAUGCAUUACAGAUUGAUCUCCUUAUAUCUAUUCUCCAUGAAUUAGGUGUGAUGUAGAUAAAUAUCAUCUUUAGAGCUUACAUAUCUGUAAGCAAGCCAAUUAAUUUUUUUAAAUUCAAAAUUAUAGCUGCAAAUAGAAAAAUAUGGCCUUCUUCAAAACUUUAAAUUUCAUAUCACGUACACCGUGUAUGGCUCAUUUUCACAUGUCAGCAAUUGUCAACAGAGUACAAGCUGGGCGUUAUCAAGUAACACUGAAGAAGAAUAGACCAUUAACGUACGAAAUGGCUUUUAAACCUCACGAUAUUGCCCACAAAAAAUCCUGGAACUCCUGGAAUACAUCAAAUAUAAUCGAUGGAAACAGGUCUUCAGAAACUGCAAUAGAAGAUAUGUUUAUUCGGCGAUUUAUGGCAGGUACAUGGCACAGCCUGUUCUUAAGUGAAAUUAUUGUAAAGCGACAACAUAAUUUAAUAAGAAUCGCCGGCAUUAUACGUUUAUCAAUAAAUCCUCGCAAAAUGUACUUCUUAGUUGGAUAUACUGAGGAACUUUUGAGUUAUUGGUUGCAAUGUCCCGUUAAGCUAGAGCUACAGACAUCAAAGAAGACUGAUGUUAUAUUUAAAUAUAUUUAAUAAAUUACAUUUAUAUUGCCUGUUGCUUCAUUA